UGCUUCCAAAUGUAUGUGUUUCAGAUCCACUUUUGGUGAAGGCUGCAAGAAGAGAAAAGGUGAGUCGUCCGCCUGCAUGGAUGAUGCGCCAAGCGGGAAGGUAUAUGGCUAUUUACAGAAAGCUUGCAGAGAAACAUCCAUCCUUCAGAGAGAGAUCAGAGACAACUGAUCUCAUAGUGGAAAUUUCUUUGCAGCCCUGGGAAGCUUUUCGUCCAGACGGAGUAAUCAUCUUUUCCGACAUACUUACCCCACUACCCGCAUUUGGUGUCCAAUUCGACAUUGAAGAAGUGAGAGGCCCGGUCAUUCAGUCUCCCAUCCGUUCCGAAGAGGGAUUGAAGUCAUUGCACUCCCUUGACUUGGAGAAACUACAAUUCGUGGGAGACUCACUUAGAAUUUUGCGGAAGGAGGUUGGAGAGCAAGCUGCAGUUUUGGGUUUUGUUGGAGCUCCUUGGACAAUUGCUACCUACAUAGUUGAAGGAGGUACAACUCGCACAUAUACAACAAUUAAGGACAUGUGCCAUUCCGCUCCACAUGUUUUGAGAGCUCUAUUAUCUCAUUUGUCAAAAGCAAUUGCUGAGUAUAUUGUUUAUCAAGUGGAAUCUGGAGCUCAUUGCAUCCAGAUAUUUGAUUCAUGGGGUGGACAACUCCCACCUCAUAUGUGGGACCUCUGGUCAAAGCCUUAUAUUGAUGAGAUAGUUAGUAUAAUUAAGAGAAAAUGCCCACAAACACCUCUUGUGCUCUACAUUAAUGGAAAUGGUGGACUUCUUGAACGGAUGAAAACAACUGGAGUUGAUGUAAUUGGACUUGACUGGACAGUGGAUAUGGCGGAUGGAAGGAAGCGACUGGGAACGGAUAUCGGUAUACAGGGGAAUGUGGAUCCUGCUACCUUGUUUUGUCCUCUUCCUGCAUUGACGGAUGAAAUUAAAAGGGUUGUCGAGACUGCGGGGACCGCGGGUCACAUCCUCAAUCUUGGCCACGGUGUGCUCGUCGGUACGCCUGAAGAAGCCGUUGCUCACUUCUUUGAUGUUGCUAAAAGCUUCAAUUUUGACAAGGUCGAGAAUCAGGCGCCUGAGGCGGAUAAAGUUGUAGCUUGAAGACAACGAUUUUGUAAUGCAGGCUGGAAGCCUUGUUGUGUACCAACAGCUGAUGUGCAGAGCAGUCUUUGUUCAUUUAGUAGCUGGGCUAGGAUGCUGGUUCACCUUAGGUCCUUUAAAUUGGUAGAGGAGACUAAUGCUUGUGAAUAAACUAGCAUCAUUCUUUAAUCUUAUUUCUUCAUAUUAUUAGUUCUUCGUGUGAACUAUAGGUUAAGGGUUAGAGCUGCGGAAUCAAUCUCUAUGGUUGUGGCAACUGGCUCAAGGCAGGGGAAAAUUGCUCUUACUUCCUGCGAGGAGGUUGAAAAUCUGUUACAUAAUAAGUUGCUCUUCAUUCAUAAGCAAAUGUACUUGGUGCUUUUGUAUGUAGAGAAUGCUUUUAGCUUUUUCCACAACUCUGCUCCCAUCUCA